AUGUUUCGAACACAAAAUAUAAAAGCAUAUCUUGGGAUUCCAUUUGCACAGGCUCCACGUUUUGCUCCUCCAGAAAUUGGUAAUUUGAAAUGGCCAGGUGUACGUAAUGCAACAAGUUAUGGACCUAACUGUUUUGCUGGUUCUACUGGUUUUGCAGUAAUAGUUUGGAUACAUGCUGGUGAUUUUUCAUAUGGGAGCUCAACAACCAUAGAUCCCUUUCAUUUGGUUUUCAAACAAAAUGUAAUAGUUGUUACUAUUGCUUACCGUUUAAAUAUUUUUGGGUUUCUAUCUACUGGUGAUGGAGAAUCGCCAGGAAAUUAUGGACUUAUGGAUCAAUCAGCUGGAUUAUAUUGGGUACGAAAAAACAUUCAUCUUUUUGGAGGCGAUCCAAACAAAAUAACUAUAAUGGGACAUUCAGCAGGUGCUAUUAGUGUAGGCUUACAUUUAACUUCACGAGAAUGGUCGAAAGAUGCUUUUCAGAAAGCUGUUAUGAUGUCGGGAAACCAUUUGGCAAAAGAUGUUGUUAAAAAUCCAACUGAAUACGCAAAAACUUUAGAUAUGAUUGCAAAUGUAUUUGAUUGUCCAAACAAACCAACUUAUCUAUUGAUACAAUGUUUAAAACGUCACGAUGCAAAAACUAUUAUAGAUAACAUGCCGCCAAUUGAAUGGGGUCCAGUUAUUGAUGGAGGAUUAAGCAAUACUUCGUUGCCAUUCAUUGAAACUGAACCAAUUAUGUCUUUUAAAGUAGGAAACUAUCAUAAAGUCCCACUUUUAAUCGGAUUGACAGAUAUGGAAGAUGCUUUACUUAUCAUUGAAAACGAUAAUACAAAUAAAAUAACAAGUGAAGAUUUUUAUAAAGUGAUUUCAGAUAUUGCUUUAAAUGAUCUUAAAAAACUUUAUGAACCAGAAUUUGAAAGUGUGUGCUCGCAUUCGCAAAUAGUAAUUGAUUCAAUCGAUUAUAUAUACGACGUUAGAAACGGCGGAGAUGUACUUAACAGUUUUGUUAAUUUUUAUACGGACAAAAUGUAUGCUGCACCUACAUGUCAACUUGCAGAUAUUUUAACUGAAAGUGAAAGUAUAUAUACAUACUUCUUUAAUAUAAAACCAAAAACCAAGUUUUACGAACUACCUACUUGGGUAAGCGUACCAAAAUUUUAUGAUCAAAUAUUUAUAUGGGGCGUACCGUACAUGAAUAAUUACGAACUCGUUAAAGAAUGGAAUUAUACAGAUAAAAAAAUUUCAGAUAUAGUAAUGACUCUUUGGGCUAAUUUUGCAAAAACUUCCAACCCUACAAUAUCUAAUGUUUAUGUAAAAUGGACUGCACUUCCAGAAGUGAUUGUACGAAAAUGCCGUAAUUGCUCGCCUCAACAAGCCGAAAACGCUCAAAAACUUACAACAUUUUUGCAAACUAGAUAUCCUGAUGUUUGGACAAUGCUUCUUAAAAAAUAUCAAAAUGCUGAUUAG